AUUGAGCAUCCAGAUAACCGAUAUUACCAAUCUAGCAAAGCCGCCCUGAGUAACUGCCACGGAGACCUAUUAUUAACUCUGAGUCGGUCUUUCGUUGACACAAAAGCGUAUUGCUUACGAGCAUCGCACAAAUAAAGUUAAUCACAAUUUGUGGCGGACAACGGAGCUUGGCACCCUGCAAAUCGACCUCGCCCACGUUGAGUUCAAGCUAGCACUAAGUUGAGCGGGCCGCAGCAGGGGCUGCUGUUUGGGUCUCGAGCAUGGGCAAGACCAAGGGCAAGGGCCACCCAAAGGCCAAGGGCGGCGGCCCUCGCGCGCCCGCCGCCCGGGUAACGCCUCAGCAGCUUUACGAGCAGGCUCAACUUGCGCUUCAAUAUGAUGAUUUCGAUUCGGCGCGGACGGCGUUGCGGAAGGCAGUGAAGUUGGACCCAAAGAACAUCGAGUGCGUGGAUGCCCUGGGUGCGCUGCUCGCGGAGGUCGGGCCAGAAGAGGAGGCUGUGGAGGUUCUGAAGCAGGCGGUGGCGCUCAGCCCGGACGUGGGGUACGAGAAGUACCUGUACCUGGGCCAGCUGCUGGAGGCGCCCGAGGACGCGCUGGCGGCCACACGCAAAGGCGUGCAGGUGCUGCAGGCACAACACGCUGCCGCGCAAGCCGCGUCUUCAGAGGAGGCGCCGGCACUGUCGCGCGCGCUCUCAGGCGCGAUGUGCAGCUUGAGCGAGAUGCUCAUAGCGGGGGCGCAGGAGCGCGCGGUGUCGGCGGCGGCGGAGCGGGGCUGCGACGCGGCGGCCAUCGAGGCUGCCAGCAAGGAGGCGGUGGCGAGCGUGGCUGAGGAGGCGGAGCACCUGCUGUCGCUGGCGAGCACAGCGGACCCGGACUCGCCCGAGCCGGGGCAGGCACUGGCGGCUCUGCGGUACCAGCAGGGGAGAGCGGCUGACGCAUUGGAGGCUCUGCGGCGAUCCAUGUCGUUGUGGUACACUCCCACCAGCAAGGACGAGGAGGGCGAGGAGGGCGAGGGGGGCAUGGCCGCGGCGAAAGGCGGGGAAGACGAGGCGAUGGAGGAUGCGGACGAGGACAGCGAGGACGACAGCGACGAGGAGGACGACGGCCCCAGCUACGAGUUCCGCAUUGAGUCCGCCAAGCUGCUGCUGGAACUGGAGGACACCACCGCCACCGCCAUCGAUGUGCUGGAGGGCCUGAUUGAGGAGGACGACCGGGUGCCGGACGCCUGGCACCUGCUGGCUCUGGCCUACUACAGCGGGCACCAGUACGUGGAGGCGGCGGAGGUGCUGGCCAAGGGGCAGGCGCUGCUGGCCAAGCUGGGCGCGGGGCCGGAGGACGAGAUCACGCAGGAGUUUGCGGAGUUGGAUUCGGUCAUCAAGGAGGCUAUGACUGUCACGACCGCAGGCGCUGCACAAUAGAUGGGAUGCAGAGGGUUCGAGAGGAGUGCGCUGUCUUGACACAGCAGAAAUGUGCCAUUCUUUCUAUAUUACGGUGU